CACCUCAUCCUCCUCCACCACGCGUUUCCCACACGCCUUUCGUCCUGAUCAAACGCCAUGGCAGCUCCUAUAACGACCAUCGCCGAGAGCAAAGAGCUCAGAGGCCUCAACCUCAUCGCGGCGCAUUCCCAUAUACGCGGUCUCGGCGUCGAGCCGGACACACUCGAGCCUAAGGCGUCAUCACAAGGACUGGUGGGACAGGAAAAAGCGCGUAAAGCUGCUGCGGUUAUCCUGCAAAUGGUCAAGGAAGGCAAGAUUGCUGGCCGGGCUGUCUUGAUCGCCGGCCCCCCCAGCACGGGCAAGACUGCCAUUGCGAUGGGGAUGGCGCAGUCGCUGGGACCCGACGUGCCCUUUACAAUGCUGGCGUCGUCGGAAAUAUUUUCGCUGGAGAUGUCCAAGACGGAGGCCCUCACACAAGCCUUCAGGAAGUCAAUCGGCGUGCGGAUAACUGAAGAGAGCGAGGUCAUCGAAGGUGAAGUCGUGGAAAUCCAGAUAGAUCGGAGCGUCACGGGGGGCAACAAGCAAGGCAAGCUCACCGUCAAAACCACCGACAUGGAAACAGUCUACGACAUGGGCACCAAGAUGAUUGAUUCUAUGACGAAAGAGAAGGUCAUGGCGGGAGAUGUCAUUUCAAUCGACAAGGCUUCAGGGAAGAUCACCAAGCUGGGACGCUCGUACACCAGGUCUCGCGAUUACGAUGCCAUGGGCGCAGACACCAAAUUCGUCCAGUGCCCCGAGGGCGAGCUUCAACAACGGCGAGAGGUCGUCCACACCGUCAGCCUGCACGAGAUCGAUGUGAUAAACUCUAGGACACAGGGUUUCCUGGCUCUAUUCUCCGGCGACACUGGCGAGAUUAGGAGCGAGGUUCGGGAGCAGAUCAAUACCAAGGUUGCAGAGUGGAAAGAGGAGGGCAAAGCUGAGAUUGUUCCCGGCGUACUGUUCAUUGACGAAGUUCACAUGCUCGACAUUGAGUGCUUCUCAUAUGUGAACCGCGCCCUCGAAGACGAACUCGCCCCCAUCGUCAUCAUGGCCAGCAACAGGGGAAACACAACCAUACGAGGAACAGACUACAGGUCCCCGCAUGGACUGCCCCUAGACUUCCUGGAUCGCGUUGUCAUCGUUAGCACUCACCCGUACUCCAAGGACGAGCUGCAACAUAUCAUAUCCAUCCGCGCUCAAGAAGAGGAGGUAGACAUCUCACCCGAUGCGCUGACUCUUCUCACCAAGAUUGGCCAGGAAGCGGGGUUAAGAUAUGCAAGCAACCUGAUCACAACAUCAUAUCUUUUGAGCCAAAAGAGGAAAGCUGCAGAAGUGAGCAUCGAUGAUGUGCAGCGUAGCUUCCAGCUAUUCUUCGAUCCUGCUCGAAGCGUCAAGUUUGUGGCCGAGUUCGAGAGGCGCUUGAUUGGCGAGGAGGGCAACGUGACUCUCUCCACAACAAAUGGCAGCACAGACGCCAUGGAUGUAUCGUAGCCAUUUCGUCUUCUAGGGUGGCGUUUGGUUGGGUCCAGCGUUUGGGGGUUAGAUUACCUUGGAAGUCCUCGUACAGGAUCGAGGCAAAAGUCUUGCUGUAACACUAGCGACAUUCGAUGCAAUUAUAUCAUCGGUAUUCGACGCUAAAAUGUUCCUAUUCUGGACGCAGGACUUUUUGCGAGGAUCGGAUGGAUGUCUGCAAUAUACGGACGCCUCGUCUGCACUCAGACAUAAUGUGAUCUGUUUAGGGAGGAUGAGGUAUCUGCGAUCUGAUAUGUUACGAUGACUCAAUCAGCUACGGCUCGUGACUGCUCUAAUCCUGACGUUUCUGAUGUUACUGUACGUUGUAGAGAAACAAGCCAACUAGCACAGCCCCUGGCCAGUGUUCGACCUAUCACUGCUUCUUUUGAACACCUAAGCAUGUAAAUAUAGCUUCUCGGAUCCCUCAUCCGAUUCAAAAUCUUAGUAACCAC